AUGAUUGAAAAAAAUAUGCUAAAAAAAAUCAGAGCAAAGAAGACAAGGCAAGCACCCCAACCUGCCGAGUUACCAGCAACCAGGCAGCCAAGUGACAAAGAAACUAAAGAGUGCAAAUUUUUUUUUAAAACAUUUAACCUGGCCGUCAAAAAGGUCACAACUAACAGUAGAACAACUGGCAAAAAUAAAGUGGCUAACCAAAAACACCUGAAAUUUUCGGACAGUAGUAUCGCCAGUAACAACAGCCAAAAUUACCAAAAGAGCAUCGAAGAUGAUAUCGAAGAUGAAAUUGUUGAAAAAUCUCGCCGAAAAGGUGUUUGUACCAGGAGGGCCAUAACUAAAAACCAAGCAAAAAAACGAUCUGAAUCACUUUCUACAGGUUUGAAAAUGGUUACAAACAAUUCAACAAGGAGAAGUGUUGUCUCGAAACGAAUUCAAUCGCCCUCCCCAUCGCCAUUGUCUUCCGCUGCUCAGAAUUCCUUCAAAUUCAGAUCGCGUAACUUCCGCUCAACGAAUCGUGGAGGAGGUUUCAAAGUGGUGAAGAGUAAUGUGAACAUCAACGCCGCUCAAUUAACCAAGGAAACUGAAGUAGAAGGGUUAAAGACGAACGACGACAUAAAGGUGGCAGAUGGGAAAAUGUACAAUGAGAUUUUCAAGAAUAACGAAUCGUUUUAUUUUGAUGAAGAUGGAAAAGAAGGAGGAUUGGAAAAAGAAAUAGAAAAGGAUGAAGAGAGUGACGAAGAAGAAGAACGAAUAAUACAUUCAAGCGAAACGGUGUUUUCUAUAAAACCGGCCAAACCUCUUUCUGAAAAAAAACUAAUCAGAUCAGACAGGAAUGGUAGCAAGAACGCUGCUGGUCAAAAAAAUGUUUCAAAAUCUGAAGAAAGUGAAGAAAGUGACGAAAGUGAUAACAGUGAGGAUGAUUCUAGCUCUAAGUCCAAGAAAAAAAAAAAAUCAAAUGAUAAAAGCCCCACUGCAAAAUCGUCAUCUCCCAGUUCAAAAUCCUCAUCUUCAAAACCAAAAUCAAAAACAUCGAGUAGUUCUAAAAAGUUAAGCAAAUCAUCAGGUUCUAAAUCAGAAUCCAAUAAACAAUCAUCAACAUCCGCUCGUUCAAAAAAAUCAAGGCAUGAAAGUGGUACAGAAUCAAGUCGAUAUAGUAAAUCGCGGAAAAGUGACAGAUGUCGAAAGAGUAGCAAAAGGUCAAAGUCAGACUGCUCGAGCUCGGGGUCUGAAAGCAAAAAUUCGGAAAAUUGCAAAUGUGGUACGUUCUGUUGCCCCAUGAAUUUAUCGUGCAUGUGCGAUGCCUCGGGGGGGCUGUGUAACCCUGCGUGCGACGCCUGCUGUAAUCCUUACAUACAAAGAUUAGUUAACUGUGUCGUGGGGGGAAAAUGGCCCUGUCCGUGCAAUUGUUGUUACAAUGGAAAAGGAAAAUGUUGUAGUAGCAGCAAAUCUAGAAAAAAAUCUGGAAAGACCUGUUGCGUCUGUUUCAACAUUCCAAAGUCGGCCUGUUGUCAACCAUGCUGUUCGCCAUGUUGUGAUCCGUCUUGUGAUCCGUGUUGUCCGCCAUGUUGUCCGCCAUGUUGUCCGCCAUGCUGUCCGCCAUGUUGUGAUCCAUGUUGUUCACCUUGUUGUUCAUCUUGUUGCGAUCCGUGCUGCUCGUCCAAGUGUUGCGGUUACAAUCCAUGCUCUUCCUGCACAAGCACACUAGCUGCUGAAAGGUUGAGAAGUUUUUUAAACGUCAGUAAUGAAUAUCGUAGACUGAAGCAGUGUGUGGAGUCCUAUUUGGGUUGUAAUCCAUGUGAAAGAACGGCUCGUUGUUCACCGAACUGCUGCAGCAACAACAUGAUUCAGGGUUGCUUUUGCAGUGUUGAGCCAACUAAAAAAAAAAAAUCCAAAUCGUCCGAAAUUGAGCCAGAUGUAGUGGAGCAAUAUUUUGUACCAGAUGAGAAUGAUGACGAUAUUGGUUUAGGUCUAGACGAUGACGACGACGAUGACGACGAUGAUGAUGAUGACGAUGACGACGAUGAUGACGACGACGACGAUGAUGAUGAUGACGACGACGACGAUGACAGCAACGAAAGCAACAACAACCUGAGAGAUCUUAUGCAUCUACUCCGGGUAUUAAACGCCCGAGGUCUUAAACAGUUUAACCACAUGCCUCCAACCGUACUGCUGAAUCUACUCAAAUUGAACUAUUUUUCAGCUACUGGUAUUUUUUGUCCAAAGAAAUGGGAAAAAAUGACUAAAAAUCAAAUGAAGAAAAAAAGUUUAAUUAAAAAAUACAUGCAAAAGUGUAAAAAGAAAUGCGUUAAAAAAAUUAAAAAACAAUUAUCAAGUAGAAAAAAAAAGAAAGAGAAAAAGAAAAUUAAACAAAAAAACAAGAAAGAGAAAAAAAAUAGGUUGAAAGGGACCGAAAAAAAUAAAACUGAAAAACAGCUUGAGCAAAAAAAUGGGUUGAAUAAAUGCAAGAAGAACAUUAAGUUUUGUACGGAAGUUAAAUUCUUAAAUUCCAACGACAAUAUUUGUUUCUGUGAGAACAUGUGCUGCGGCUGUGAUCAAUCUAAUGACAUCAACAACCACGAACACCACAACAACCACAACAACUAUCCCAACAAUCAGAAUUACUACGACGAAAUCGACUUCACAGAAAUCAGCAGCAGCCCAAUCAGCGCCGGUACUAACAGCGAGAUUUCAAUUAGUGGCAGGUAUAGUACCGAUCAAACUUUAAAGAACCGAGACUGCAUAAAUAUGAAAAAAUCAAUUAGAAGAUAUUCCAGGAAAUUUUCCCGCAUGUUGAAGCUUUCAGACUGGGGGUUAAAAAUGGACCUAGCAUAUCCUAAAACGAAUAGAGAAUCUUUAAAAUCUAGAGUUAUAACAAUGCAAAAGUCAAACAACAAUCGCCUAGAACCUUCAAAAAGAUUUAUAAACAAAAGGAUCUCCUGUGACAAUAAUAAACAUACUAACUUGCAGUGUCAGGCAAAUUUUCUCGCACAGUCUUCAAUAGGUACUAUUUCAAAUCGAGACGAAGAUAUAUAUGCGUAUUUAAGCGCUAAACCUUCAGAAAAAAACAUCAAAAAAUUUGAUCUGACUGAUGGAUUUGGUUCCAAUGAACAAAAUUUUAAACAACUUGAAACAACUCAAAAAACGAGCAAAAACUUUCCAGCUUACAAAAAGAAUUGGUUAGAUCAGGUCAAAACAGGGGUGAAAUCUCUACCAAAAGAAGAUGCUGAUACUGAAGAAUUAAGGAGUUGGAAAAACAGUUUGAGGGAAUAUAAAUCGGCGAUGGAAGGUGAGUGCGAAUGUAAAAGUUCCUACAUCGCCGACCCUUACAUUAGUAACUUCAGAACCGAUUUCAGCAGCAAAUAUAAUCCUGGAGUACUGGAAUCUACUCAAGCCUAUGCUACAGAUCUGACGCAAGACUACUUCGUGACGUCGGGCGAUUACGAGAAACAUGAACUGCCUGAAAAUUUACGCAAUAUCGACGUCAACCACUUGGUGAGCUCUGCUCAGAAAUCAUUGCUAACGAGCACCAAUGCUGCAGACUGUGUGGAGAACUUUGAUGAAAUCAUACAAACGGCAGAUAUAAAUCCAAUAAGAUCAAAAAAAUAUAUCAUGAAAUUACUUUCCGACAGCUGCAAGAAAGUAAAAAAGCCAGGGGCAGUGUUACAUAAUAGAAAACAACCAAUUAAGCAAGCGUGGGCAAAAAAACUAUUGAACAACGUGGCUCAUAAUUAUCGAGACGAAAUGGUUUUAGCAGACGGAAUUUUCACAGAAGAAGAAAAACAAUUUAUUAUAGAGCAGUUAUCUUUGAAAAACAGGAUACAACUGCAACAAAAACAGACAAAAGAUAAUGAACUUCGUAUACAAAACCUAAUUAUUCGGCAAAGAAACCAGAAAAAGAUUCUUGAACAUCUUUUAAAGCAGCAAAUACUGUUAACAGAGCAACAUCAACUGAACGACAAACGUCAAAAAGUAUUGCAACAGGAAAUAAAGAAUCAAAAAACAAUGAUAGAAAACGUCCGCACAGUUUUGACGGACUUGAAACCUCAACCCACCCCCAGAUAUUCAGACAAGAACAAAUAUUACAGGAAACUCUACACGGGAAUACUCCAAAACGAGGACAACCAGCCGUACUUGUCAUUUGAUGUGCCUCACAAUUCUAACGACAAACUGACUGAUCAUCUUAAAAGUGUUAGCAAGAUGAAAUCACCGGAUAGUAAAAAGUUUAUCGAGAGGACGAACAAUGUCGAAACAAACCUGAGUGACUUUGAAAAGGGUUUCCAAUCCUUCGAACCCAAGAAAACUCCAGGAGAUGGAGUCUCCUUCAAGAUCAAAGGCCUCAUUUACGAAGCUCUGGGAAUGGAUAAGGUACUGGUUGUAAAUUACGACAGGUUCAUUGACCACGUAAUGAACGACGACAGUGCUAUUAAAACGGACGAAAUGAACAACGCUUUCAUGUACUUGAAGGCCGAAGACAUUGCGAAAAUGUGA